UCUACGUACUAAAACUUCUUUAUCUCAUCAGCUUAGUACUUCUUUAUCUGAUCAGCUUCACCUCUUACCCACACCCCACCACCGUCCCAAAGAGAGCUUCAAACAAUGAGAGGCACUUAUGCUCAAUUGUUGCUUCUACUUGGCCUCCUCCUAUGUACCGCAACUUCAAGUUCUUUCGCUUUGAAUAAUUCUGAGGUGAGAUGCAUAGAGGAAGAAAGACAUGCACUUCUCAAAUUCAAACGAGGCCUUGAAGCUCAUAACGGUAUGCUGUCUUCUUGGGGCAAUCACGAAGAAGAUUGUUGCAAUUGGGAAGGAAUCAAAUGCAAUAACCAAACAGGUCAUGUUGUCAAGCUUGACCUCCAGGGAAAAGAUUUCUUUGAAAUCGGCCGUAAAUAUCUGUCAGGUGAGAUAAGCUCUUCAAUACUUGGUUUGCAGCAUUUGACUUACUUGGACUUAAGUUGGAAUGAGUUUUCCAUUCUCCCAAAGUUCAUUGGUUCAUUCACUAAAUUACGAUAUCUCAAUUUUUCCCGCAACUUCAUCACUAAUGAAACCAUUCCACCGCAACUUGGAAAUCUCACAAGCUUGAUUUCUCUUGAUCUCAGCUGGAACUUUUUUGGGAUGAUUGAUCAGGAUAACAAUCUUGACUGGCUCAUUCAUCUCUCCUUUUUGAGAUACUUGGACAUGACCUAUGUGAACCUCACCAAGGCAGUUAACUGGAUGGAUAAGGUUAGUUCCCUACCUUAUUUAAAAGAAUUACAUCUAAGCAGCUGCUACCUGAGCUCCAUGCCGAUUCCUCCUGUGCUUUUCAAUGCUAGCUCUUCUUCACCACUUUCAAUCCUUGACCUCUCGAGCAAUCAGCUCAAUUCCUCCAUAUUCCCUUGGCUGUUCAAGUAUGCUAAUAGCCUUGUCAUUCUUCACCUUCAGAAUAACAAGCUUGAAGGUUCAAUUCCAAAAGCAUUUGGGAAUAUGGUAGCCCUUGUUGAUGUUGACCUCUCUGACAACAACCUUGAAGGGGUGAUGCCACAAACUUUGGAGAAUCUUCACAACUUGCAAGUAUUAGACUUGUCAAACAAUACUUUAAGUGGAGAGGUAAUCGAUCUUACAAAUUUCUCUUUCUUGAGAGAGUUGCAUCUAUUCAAUAAUCAAUUAUAUGGGAAUUUAUCCAAAGUAAUAGAAAAUCUUUCCACCCAACUACAAGUUUUGGAUGUGUCUUCGAAUUCUUUCAAAUCUGUUAUCACUGAAGCACAUUUGUCGACUUAUUCCAACUUAAAAAUAUUAGACUUAUCUUUUAAUUCUCUGUCAUUGAAGUUUAGUCCAAAUUGGGUUCCACCAUUUCAUCUAGAUACCAUAAGAUUGGGUUCUUGCAAAAUGGGGACAUCCUUUCCUCAAUGGCUUCAAACACAAAAGAAUUUUUCACUGCUCGAUAUGUCUGAUGGAGGAAUUUCAGACAUCAUUCCCAGUUGGUUUUGGGACCUUUCUUUUAAUAUACAGUUCUUAAAUCUCUCCCAUAACCAAAUCACUGGUGCCAUACCUCUUCAAUUGUUUUCGACAAGAUUUAUUGAUCUUAGUAGUAUAGAUUUGAGUUAUAAUCGCCUUAGUGGUCCAUUGCCACAAUUUCCUUCUGGUGUAGCUGUGUUGAGUCUCUCCAAUAAUCUGUUCCAAGGAUCUAUUACAUCAAUAUGUGAGAGAAAUGGAUCUGUAGAUGCCUAUUUUCAGGAAUUGUAUCUCCUUGAUCUUUCGAACAACUUGUUAUCUGGAGAACUCCCUAACUGUUGGGGAAAUUUAAUGUCUCUCGAGAUACUUAAUUUGGCAAACAAUAAUCUCUCUGGGAGAAUCCCUGAUUUUAUUUGUCAUCCUCCGGAUCCACGCUAUAAUAGUCUUUGGACGUUGCAUUUGAGUAACAACAGUUUCACUGGAGAAUUACCCAAUUCCUUAAUGAACUGCUCAAAUUUGAGGCUAUUAGAUCUCGGAGAAAACAGACUCUCUGGAAGGAUACCAGCAUGGAUAGGCACAAGCCUACCUGAUUUGAUGAUGCUUCGCUUGACAUCAAACUUGUUCAUGGGCCGCAUGCCGUUGCAAUUAUGUCAUUUGACACAGCUUCAAAUCUUGGACCUCUCUCACAACAGUAUUACAGGGACUAUAAUACAAUGCAUCAAUAACUUCACUGUCAUGGCUCGAAAAGAGAGUUCAGAUGCAAGUAUUUCUUAUUAUUAUUAUUUAAAUCUUUUAUCACUCCACAACGAUAAGCUCCCUCCCACCUAUGUGGACAAUUUAUUGGUGAAUUUCAAAGAAAAAUAUCUCGAGUACAGUAAAACUCUUGGACUAGUAAAAGUCAUUGAUCUUUCGAGCAACAAAUUGAAAGGAGAAAUUCCAGGAGAAAUAACAAGUCUCUCAGGAUUGAUUGCGUUGAACUUGUCUAGUAACUUGUUAACUGGCAUCAUCCCUCAAAAUAUUAGUCACAUGGAGAGCUUGGAGUCUUUGGACUUGUCGAGAAAUUACCUUUCAGGCAUAAUUGCCCCAAGCUUGGCUGCUAUGAGCUUUUUAAGCUAUUUGAAUUUGUCGAACAACAACUUGUCAGGUAAAAUCCCAACAGGUACCCAGCUUCAGAGCUUUAGUGCUUCUGCAUAUGCAGGUAACCGAGAUCUUUGUGGCUUGCCUCUUCCGAAAAAGUGUCUAGGAGAUGAAGCAGCUCAAGAUCCUCAAACUGGUAGCAGACAUGAAGAAGGUAACAUUCAAGAACAUGCAAACUCCCAUGAACAUCUAUGGUUUUAUGCUACCAUUGCACUAGGAUUCUCUGCUGGAUUUUGGGGCGUUUGUGGAUCGUUGAUAUUGAAGAGUUCUUGGAGGCAUGCCUAUUUCGAGUUCUUUGAGAGAAUAGGGGAUAGGCUUUACCUAACAAUAGUUGUCGGCAUGCCCAAAUUACUGACGAACUUGAAGACUCGGUGCUAAUAGAAAAACCUUUAGUCAAGAUUUCCACUGAAGGCAAAACAAACACUUGACCUGGAUGGUAAAUUUUACUUUGCAUGAAGAAGCUGUAUCCAGCAUAGGUCUCCA